AUGGCCGAGAAGACAUCGAACUUGAAGCACGCCUUCAGCAGUUGGGACGCUUUCAAAGACUGGAUCCAGGUCCCUGACACAGCCCUGGACCAGCAUGGUCAAAGGCAAGAAGGUCGUACAUGGUCGAAUGAAGACCUUGACCCAACGCCGCCCGAGAAGCGCACCUGGCGAUGGUGGAACUAUGUCAUCUUCUAUUGGGGACUCUCUUUCGGCAACUGGACGUUGGGCGCAACCAUGGUUGGGAUCGGGUUGAACUGGUGGCAGGCUAUCUUGACUAUCUUCCUGUCUCAAACGAUCUCGUCGAUUGCGAUGUUCUUCAACUCGAGAUGUGCUUCGGUCUACCAUAUUGGAUAUCCUGUGGUUGGACGAUCUGUAUUCGGCAUGUAUGGCGCAUAUUAUUUUGUCGGAGUCCGAGCUGCACUGGCUAUCAUCUGGUAUGGAGUACAACUAUACUCAGGCUCAGCACUGCUGGCAAACAUGCUGCGAGCAGUCUUCGGACACAACUACACCAACAUACCGAAUCACCUUUCGUCUUCAGCUGGCAUCACAACAGCCGGCAUGUUGGCUUUCUUCUUAUUCUGGCUCAUCCAUAUGCCAUUCACCUUCUUCCGACCAUAUCAGCUUAGACCGUUCUUCUGGGCUAAGGCGAUUAUUAUGCUCCCAGCGAUCUGGGGUCUCUUCAUCUAUUGUAUGGUUGAGACAAAGGGCAACAUUGGUCUAGGCCACCUCAAGGACACGUCCAGUGUUUCAGGCUCUGAUGGCUGGGGGUGGUUCUUCAUCUGGUCCAUCAAUGCGGGGAUGGGUAACACCGCUACCUUGAUCACAAACCAGCCAGAUAUCGCUCGAUGGUCGAAGACGAGGAGUGGCGCCAUGUGGUCUCAGCUACUGACGAACCCGAUCGCGGUGACCCUGUCAGCAUCACUUGGCAUCUUGUCUACGGCAGCCAUUAAUAACAAGUGGGACCUAACACUUUGGAACCAAUGGGAUCUACUCGAUGCUAUCUUGACACACCAUUGGUCUGCUGGGGCAAGGACUGCCAUCUUCUUAUGCGCAGGCUGCUGGCUAAUCAGUAUCCUCGGCACAAACAUUGCAGCAAACAUGAUUCCAUUCGGCUCCGACUGUACACUCCUCUUUCCUCGCUACCUGACAAUUCCCCGUGGUCAAUUCUUGGUUGAGUGCCUAGGCUAUGCGAUCUGCCCAUGGAAGAUCCUUGCUUCCGCAUCCACCUUCACCACCUUCUUGGCAGGCUACGGUCUCUUCAUGGCCAGUGUCGUGGCGAUCAUGAUCUGUGACUACUUCCUGCUCACACGCGGUAACGUCUUCAUCUCACAUGCCUACGAUGGCUCUCGUGACAAUAAGCACUACCACUACACUUUCGGCGUCAACAUACAAGCCGUCAUCGCCUACAUCGCCGGCAUAGCUCUACCAUUUCCUGGCUUCGUCGGGACGUUGGGACCUCAUGUCAGCACGGCUGCUGAGAAUUUGGGACACAUUGGCUGGCUACUGUCUUUCUUUGUGUCCUUUGUGGCGUAUUACGUGCUAUGCCUGGUAUGGCCGACGCAGAACCAGAGGCUAGUUCGACAGAUGGGUCUUCGAUGGGAGGAAAUCAGUCAUCGGGAAUUGAUCGCGGCUGAUGGGACCGUGAUUACGGAGUCGCAGGAAGGUUAUCCUGAUCAAAUGAGCUCGGGCACCGGGUAUGAGAAGGACGCUAGGAUGGUGCAAGAUGAUGUGUCAAAAGGCCACUUCUAA